AUGUUGGCUCAUACUGAACACAGCCCAAGCCCUGAACUGUUGGCUCCUACUGAACACAGCUUUAGCCCUGAACUGUUGGCUCAUUUUGAACACAGCCCUAGCCCUGAACUGUUAGCCCAUACUGAAGACAGCCCUAGCCCUAAACUGUUGGCUCCAACUGAACACAGCCCUAGCUCUGAUCUCCCUAGCCCUGAACUGUUAGCCCAUACUGAAGACAGCCCUAGCCCUAAACUGUUGGCUCCAACUGAACACAGCCCUAGCUCUGAUCUGUUGGCUCAUACUGAACACAGCCCUAGCCCUGAACUGUUGGCUGGUACUAAACACAGCCCAAGCCCUGAACUGUUGGCUCUUACUGAACACAGCCCUAGCCCUGAACUCCCAAGCCCUGAACUGUUUAUUUCUACUGAACGAAACCCUAGCCCUGAACUGUUGGCUCCUACUGAACAGAGUCCUAACCCGGAAUUGUUGCCUCCUACUGAACACAGCCCUACCCCUGAACUGUUGGUUCCUACUGAUCAAAGCCCUAGCCCUAAAUUGUUAGCUCAUAUUGAACACAGGUCUAUCCCUGAACUGUUGGCUUCUACUAAACACACUCUAGGCCCUGAACUAUUAGCUGCUACUGAACACAGCCCUAGCCCUAAACUGUUGGCUCACACUGAACAGAGCCUUAGACCUGAACUGUUGGCUCUUACUGAACACAGCCCUAGCCCUGAACUUUUGGCUCUUACUGAACAAACCCCUAACCCUGAACUAUUGACUCCUUCUGAACACAGCCCUUCCCUGAACUGUUGGCUUCUAAUGAACACAGCCCAGACCUUAACUGUUGGCUCAUACUGA